AGAAGCAGAAAAGUCGCAGUUGAUUCUAGGACGGCGAGAGGCUGACUUGACCAGACACGAUCACAAAUAAAAUUCCUUACCGUGUUUGACAGUUUUGCUUCGAAAACCACUUCAAAUUGUUUCGUAUUCUCUGAAUCUUCAGACUAUACAAAUCCCUCGCUUGCUCUUAUUUUGGUUCUUCUUGACAAGGAUAAAUUUGGAACUGUGGCAUUUGAUUGAUAAGAGUUGUUAAGAUGGCAAAUGAUGCGGCUGCAUGUGCCGAAAGGGCUACAAAUGAUAUGCUGAUUGGUCCAGAUUGGGCUAUUAACAUCGAAUUGUGUGAUAUUAUCAACAUGGAUCCUAGUCAAGCAAAAGAAGCUGUGAAGGUGCUCAAGAAACGGUUAGGAAGUAAAAACUCUAAAGUCCAGAUUCUUGCACUUUAUGCAUUGGAAACUUUAAGUAAGAAUUGUGGCGAAAAUGUGUACCAGCUUAUCAUUGAUCGUGAUAUUUUGAUCGACAUGGUCAAAAUCGUGAAGAAAAAGCCGGACCUGAAUGUGAGGGAAAAGAUACUAAGUUUGUUAGACACAUGGCAAGAAGCUUUUGGCGGUCGCGGAGGUCGAUACCCACAAUACUACAAUGCGUAUAAUGAACUCAGGUCAGCUGGAAUUGAGUUUCCACCUCGAACGGAAAGCAGUCUAUCGUUCUUUACUCCACCUCAGACUCAGCCCAUCGCAUACGAUGCUCCAUCAGAUGAAGAUGCUGCUAUUCAAGCGUCGUUGCAAGGAGAUGAUGCUUCUAGCCUAAGCCUGGAAGAGAUUCAAAGCGCUGAGGCAUCAGUUGAUGUCUUGAUGGACAUGCUUGGAGUACUUGAUCCCGGGAACCCCGAGAGCUUAAAAGAAGAACUUAUUGUUGACUUAGUUGAGCAAUGUCGUACUUACCAAAGCCGUGUAAUGACUCUUGUGAACACUACAACAGAAGAGGAACUUCUGUGUCAGGGAUUGGCAUUAAACGAUAAUCUGCAGCGUGUUCUUCAGCGUCACGAUGAUAUCGCAAAGGCCUGCUCGUUUCCUCCAAACGGAAUGAAUACUACAGCCCCUCCUCCAGUUCAGAAUGUCAACAUCAAUCAUGAUGAUGAUAAUGAAUCAGAUGAUGAUUUUGCUCUGCUUGCUCACAGGUCUAAAAGAGAUUUCAGCCCGAUUCUUCCUCCUCCACCACCGCCUGCAAUGAGACCAGUACAUGGUAGUGAUUCGGGUAUGGUGGAUUUCCUUAGUGGCGAUGUCUAUAAACCUCAAAGUUCCUCACACGGAGGAAAGAAGCCUUCUCCUCCUCAUCAUGCUUCUUCUUCUCCUGUUUUCGAUGAUCCAAGUCCGAAAAGCAAAUCCUCUGAGCUAUUGCCUCCUCCGGCUCCUUGGGAUGAUGAGUUAAUUAGGAAUCUCCCACCUCCGCCAGCAAGGCACAACCAGAGGCAGCAGUUCUUUGAACAUCACCACUCGAGUAGCGGCUCUGAUUCCUCUUACGAGGGUCUUGUUGGACAGACCCGGAACCUUUCUUUGACUGGCACCGCAGGUAGUGAGCCAAAGAAAGAAGAGAAACCAGAGGAUAUGCUUUUUAAAGACCUGGUUGAGUUCGCCAAAACCAGGUCCUCCAAGUCCAGCAAUAGGUCGCUUUGAGUCCUUUUGCUUGUGGCUUUUACCAUUCUUUUUUCAUUUCUUUGCAUGUUUUGGUUUUCCUGAUGAUAUAAGAGUGUUGUGCCUUAUUGUCAAAUAAUGUGCGAAUUUUAGAGAUAGUAUCCAAAAAAAUCCAUCAACAGUAACAACAACAUACAUUU